GCGACAAUGGCCGGAGAAUGGGCUUGUAAAAGCUUAUCCUAAGCUCAUCUCUUUCUUCCUCCUUCUCCUCCUCCUCCUACUCCUAAAAUCACCCUUCAGUCGCCUCUCUCUCUACCCGAUCCUAACUUCCUCCUGCCGCUGUCGCCAGCCACCAACCGCCUAUCGGAGUGAUCGGACUCAUUGUCAUUACCUUCUUCCUCCCAGACCCUAAAACACUCUAUAGCGGGUUAUUAUAAAGUUUUGCUCUUUCAGUCAUUCCAUCGAACAGUUCAUUGGCAUUCAUUUACACCACCAAACCCCAAUGCUGUUCGCAGCUAUAAUAAUUCCUUUGUCAUUCAAUUCAUUCCUACUUCAAUAAAUUUGUCUUCUUUUGGAAGCAAAAGGAAAUCAGAGAGUGAUGCUAAGGGUAAACUCUUUUAUCCCUUCAUUCUCAAUGUUUAAUAAAAUCCCAUUUUCUUUACUUUAUCGGAGUAGUUUCCGUCGAACUUUACGUUCCUAUGGGACUUGCCGUUGUAAUUUAUUUGCUAAAUCGGUUAGUGUUUCGAAUGUUAAUGCAAAUUUCUUUGCUGUUGAUAAAACAAGAAACUUAUCUGCGGUUGCUACAGCAAAGAAAUCAGGCUUGGAUGCCUCUAAUAGUAGUACUAAUGAAAUGACCAACAAAGAAAGGAAGAAAGCAAAAAGGGAAUCACCUGAGUUUCAACUUAAAAUUAAGCUUGAUAUGUGCUCGAAGCAUGGUAAGCUUGAGGAAGCGCUUCGUUUGUAUGAUGAAAGCAACAUUAAUGGAGUUAAACUGACGCAGCAUCAUUACAAUAUGCUGCUUUAUUUGUGUGCUCGUGAAGCGAAUGGAGAUGGGGGUCCAUUGAAUGAGUUGAGAGAAUUAGGGAUUAAGAUGGGAUUUGAGAUUUUUCAGAAAAUGGUUGGAGAUAAAGUUUCUCCCAAUGAGACUACUUUUACAAGCAUGGCGAGAUUGGCAGUAGCAAGGGAAGACCCAGAUAUGGCUUUUGAAUUGGUGAAGCAGAUGAAGGGUCUUGGAAUUAUUCCAAGACUAAGGUCAUACGGGCCGGCUUUACUUGGAUUCUGUGAGAAAGGUAAUGCAGAGAAAGCAUAUGAAGUGGAUGCUCAUAUGCUAGAAUCAGGGGUAAUGACUGAAGAGACUGAGCUUUUGGCUCUUCUGAAAGUUAGCAUAGAAACCAAGAACACUGGCAAGGUGUAUGGGAUGUUGCAUAGGUUGCGAGCCACAGUGAGGCAGGUCUCGGAAUCGACCUAAGUUGUUGAGGAUUGGUUUAAAUCAGAGGAUGCUGCAAAUGUUGGGGCAGAGAAAUGGGAUGUGAAGCAGAUAAAGGAAGCAGUUGUAGGAGGAGGAGGAGGGUGGCAUAGACUGGGGUGGCUUGGAAGUGGGAGAUGGAAGGUGGUGAGGACUACAAUGACUGAGAAUGGUGUGUGUCGUUCAUGUGGGGAGAAGCUUGUUUGUAUUGAUAUUGAUCCAAAAGAGACAGAAAAUUUUGCUGCUAAAUUAACUGAAUUGGCAUGCAGUAAAGAGGUUAGAGCUGAUUUCAUUCGGUUCCAGGAGUGGUUGCAGCAGUAUGGACCAUUUGAUGCAGUUGUAGAUGGUGCAAAUGUGGCUCUCAUCAACUCAGAAAAAUUCAAUUUAAACCAGCUUAAAAAAGUUGUCAAUCAAUUACAACAAAUGAGUCCAUCAAAAAGGUAUCCACUUGUUAUUUUGCAUCAAAGUCGGGUUGCAAGAGAUCCUAAUAACAGGAAAUGGUUAGAGCAGUGGAAAAAGGCAGGGAUACUUUAUGCUACUCCUUAUGGAUCAAAUGAUGAUUGGUAUUGGCUAUACGCUGCUGUUAGUUGCAAGUGUUUAGUAGUAACGAAUGACGAAAUGAGGGACCACUUGUUCCAGCUACUGGGGAAUUCUUUUUUUCCAAGAUGGAAGGAGAAGCAUCAGGUUCGGUUAUCUAUGACGAGGACUGGUCUUGUGCUUAAUAUGCCUCCCCCGUAUUCCAUUGUUAUUCAGGAAUCGGAAAGCGGUAGUUGGCACGUUCCUAGUGUGGCAGACGAUGAUCUCCUGAAUCCAAGACAAUGGCUGUGUGCCUGUAGAAGCAAGAAAACGCCAUAACUGCACUUGAACAAGCAGCUGGAAAUCUGAAAGAAGGAAGCAUACGAAC